UUAAAUAGAAAGAAAUAAAGAGUAAAACCUCCCUCGCGGCGUGUCAGACAGCGCGUGCACGGGUGACGCAGUUAAACAGCGCACGCGGACCGCAGCGCGAUUUUAUAAUCCAAGAUGGCGGCCGCCGCUGGCAGGUUGUUGAGGACUUCUACAAGGUUUACUGCAGGAGGCCUGAAACUUGCAGCAUCCUGUCACCAGGGGGCUUUGGGCGCUGCAAAAACUCUUGCACUUCAGAGAGCUGCUUUCUCCACUGGCGCUCAAAGAUGGGCUCCUGCUGUCACUCAGCCUGCACCACCUUUUAAAGCCACAGCUGUCCACAACGGGGAAUUCAAGGAGAUGAGUCUCAGCAAUUUCAGCGGCAAAUACCUGGUGCUGUUUUUCUACCCACUGGAUUUCACCUUCGUUUGCCCGACAGAGAUCAUCUCCUUCAGCGACAAGGCCAGCAAGUUCUAUGACAUCAACUGUGAGGUGGUGGCUGUCUCUGUGGACUCUCACUUCACUCACCUGGCGUGGAUCAACACGCCGCGCAAGGCUGGAGGUUUGGGUCACAUCCACAUCCCCCUGCUGUCAGACCUCAACAAACAGAUUUCCCGGGACUACGGUGUGCUUCUGGAGACGCCCGGCAUCGCACUGAGGGGUUUGUUUAUCAUUGAUCCUAACGGUGUGGUGAAGCACAUGAGUGUGAAUGACCUGCCCGUGGGCCGUAGCGUGGAAGAGACUCUUCGCCUGGUGAAGGCCUUCCAGUUUGUGGAGUCACAUGGUGAGGUGUGUCCAGCCAGCUGGACGCCCGAAUCACCAACGAUCAAACCAACUCCUGAAGGAUCCAAAGAGUACUUUGAAAAAGUUAACUAAUGAAGACUUUUCAACAAUGGGUAUUCCAGGUCUAAAAUAAAGUUACAUUUGCUGUUGAA